AUGGCCUUAUUAUCAGCUGGGAGGUUGCAGAUUAUGCAUCUCUCUUUUUUGGUUGUACUAGCAGCAGCUCAAACCCAGACUCCUCAAGUCAAGCCGAAUUGCCCAGAGCGCUGCGGUGAUGUCCCAAUUUCAUAUCCAUUUGGCGUUGGUGCCGACUGUUACCUCCGACCAGACUUCAACAUCACUUGUGACCAGCUCACCACACCCCCGUCACCAAAGUUCUCCAACAGUACAUUCACCUUUCCCGUACGUAUUACGAACUUUUCCCAUGGUGAGGGUGAGUUGCAAGUAAUACAAGACGUAGCCAGAGAGUGUUAUAGCACACUCGGUUUUUACGAGAUGGAUAUGUCCACCAACAGCACGCUCGAGCUGCCACCUCCAUACACCAUCUCUCACAAGAACAAGUUCUUCGCAGUGGGGUGUAACAGUGUAGCAGUGUAUCAAGGUUACCAAAGCAAAGUCCCAGAUCCAGAAGAAAGCUACAAAGGCGGGUACACCGUGAGCCUGUGUCUAGAUGCUCUCGGCACAGCACUUCCCACCAAUUCUUGCAAUGGUUUCGGGUGUGGCCUAAAUGCCAUCCCUAGUGCACUGCAAAACAUGUCGGUGGAAUUGUAUACACUUGAUAGCGCCUUCAGAUGGUGGAACCACUGGAACCUAGAGCCAGACUAUCUGUGCAGCUAUGGCUUCAUUGUGCAAGAUGGCAACUUCACAUUCUCUGGGAACAUAAGUUUUGAAGAACUGAACAACAAAAGGAGGCAGCUUCCGGUGGUUGUUAAUUGGGCAAUUGGGGAUGAGACAUGUGAUGUAGCAAAGAAGAAGACAGAGACUUAUUCAUGCAAGGAACAUAGCGAAUGUGUCGAUCAUACGAUCAAUGGUACUUCAUCUGGAGGUUACUGUUGGCGUGAGGGAAACAUGGAAACCACAAAACAUGGAAAAGUAAAAGGAAAAGUAAAAGUGGAAAAGUAA